GACUUCGGUCUCUUCCUAGGCCGUCAUUGAUAGAGGCCAUGUUCAGCACCAGCGCCAAAAUAGUGAAGCCCAAUGGGGAAAAGCCGGACGAAUUCGAGUCCGGCAUCUCUCAGGCGCUCUUGGAGUUGGAAAUGAACUCUGAUCUUAAGGCUCAGCUGAGGGAGCUCAACAUUACUGCUGCUAAGGAAAUUGAAGUAGGUGGUGGUAGGAAAGCGAUCAUCAUCUUUGUGCCGGUGCCACAACUGAAAUCGUUCCAGAAGAUCCAAGUGCGACUUGUCAGAGAGCUGGAAAAGAAAUUCAGUGGCAAACAUGUUGUUUUUAUUGCACAGAGGAGAAUUCUGCCGAAACCAACAAGGAAAAGCCGCACAAAAAAUAAGCAGAAGCGCCCCAGGAGCCGCACACUAACUGCUGUGCAUGAUGCUAUCCUUGAAGACCUUGUGUUCCCUAGUGAAAUUGUUGGCAAAAGAAUUCGAGUAAAGCUUGACAGCAGCAGGCUUAUUAAGGUCCAUCUUGACAAAGCACAGCAAAACAAUGUUGAACACAAGGUGGAAACAUUUUCUGGCGUCUACAAAAAACUCACAGGCAAAGAUGUUGUGUUUGAAUUCCCAGAGUUCCAGCUGUAAAAUUCAAAAUGAGUAAAUAAACCUAUUUGCUGUUAAAACGUU